CUUAGGCUUCUCCUCCAUCUCUCCGUCACUUGUCUAAGAGCCCACAGCCUUUCCACUGCAAGACGAUCUUUCCCAUUACUCCCAGCCUUUCAUCCGCAACGAAGCGCUGCUUCUUUCACGACAAUGGCCUCCGGCGGUCAGCAGUUCCCUCCUCAGACCCAAGAGCGCCAACCCGGCAAAGAGCACGCCAUGGAACCUGUACCUCGGGCCACCAGCGAAGAAUACAAGCCGGCUAACAAGCUUCAAGGUAAGGUAGCGCUUGUGACCGGAGGGGACUCCGGUAUAGGUCGGGCGGUGUGCUACUGCUUCGCACUGGAGGGUGCGACGGUGGCAUUUACGUAUGUCAAGUCUCAGGAGGAUAAGGAUGCGAAUGACACCCUCCAGAUGCUGAGGCAGAACAAAAGGAGCAAUGCGAAAGAUCCCAUUGCAAUCCCAGCUGACCUUGGCUACGAGGAGAACUGCAGGAAGGUGGUGGAGGAAGUGAUGAACACGUAUGGCUGCAUCGAUAUCCUGGUGAACAAUGCUGCGGAGCAGUACGUGCGCCCGUUGAUCACCGAGAUCACUGAGCAGCAGCUGGAGAGAGUCUUCAGAACCAACAUCUUCUCCUACUUCUUCGUGUCCAAGUUCGUGGUGAAGUACAUGAAGGCCGGAAGUAGCAUCAUCAACACCACGUCGGUGAACGCCUACAAGGGUAACGCCAAGCUGCUGGACUACACGUCCACCAAGGGCGCGAUCGUGGCCUUCACCAGGGCGCUGGCGCUGCAACUGGUGGAGCGGGGGAUCCACGUCAACGGCGUGGCGCCGGGCCCGGUGUGGACGCCGCUGAUACCGACCUCCUUCCCCCAAGAACAGGUGGCCAACUUUGGGAAGCAAGUGCCGAUGGGGAGAGCCGGGCAACCCAUCGAGAUCGCCCCCUCGUUCGUCUUCCUUGCAGCCACUCCAGACUCUUCCUACAUAACAGGGCAAGUCAUCCACCCCAAUGGUGCGUCUCAGAUUUCACCUGCCUAUACUGCUCCUCGUGGCCUUGGAUUUCUCUCUUGCUGUGUGCAGGCGGACCUGUAGUGAAUGGUUGAAGCAGCAAUAUCUGAUACCACAGAAUAAUCUGGUCCAUGUUUUAGCCCUCGUACGACUUAAUGUAAACGUUCAAGUUUGCGGCUGUCUUUUGGUCGUACGUCAAGAACAUGGAUCGGUCA